AGGCAGACAGCGCUGUGGACUCCAUGAGAUGGGGGGGCGGUUAAAAAGGAGGACAGUUAGAAAAGUGACGUGAAGACAAAGAGCACUGAGAGCUUAUCACCAGCACUGACAGCAGUGGAGAGAAGCAACAGGCCAGCAAAGCCUCGGGAACAUACCACGCUAGUAGAUAAGGCCUCAGGUUCUCCAAGCUCAACGCUCUUCCAACAGCAGAAAGGACAUUUCCAGAAAAACAGAAACAAGCCUUGACAACUUUGUUUGGGAGAAGCCGCGGCAAAACUAGCAAGAAAGCUGGAGAAGGAACAGCACGAGGUCCAACGGACUCCACACAACAAUUUCACCAUGAGUAUGACUGGUACUCUGGAGAAGGGGGCACACCACCAGGUCCUGGACCUGUCUGAAGAGCUGCCACCUCAGCAGCAGCAGCACCACCACCAGCAUCACCAACCACCUCCUCAUCAUCAUCAUCACAACAACCAGAACCUCCACCAGUCCAACUCGCUGGCCUCCACAGCUGCAGCGGGCAGGGAGACACCAUCUCGCGUGGUGGUGCCCCCACCUUAUUCUGCGGCUGAGGGUGGGGAGGCCCCGCUGGAGCUGCGGGGGUCCUUGGACUGCUGGGCUUGCUCGGUUCUGGUGACUGCUCAGAACCUUAUCAUCGCUACCAUCAAUGCUUGCCUGGCUGGGCUGGUAUUUGGAAUCAUCCUGACACCGGCCAUCGUCAUGGUGGUUUUUGGCUUCCUCUGCCACUCAACAGUCCGCCCCCAUGGAGCCACCCGUUACUGCUCUGACCUGUUGACUGAUGGGGGCUGCGUGGCUCUUCUGGUGGUGGGCUUCCUCUUAGUGACCCCUCUGCUGGUCUUGGCACUGGCCGCCUACUGCCGCCUGGCUCGUCAUCUGCAGCUGGGCCUGUGCUUCAUACCAUACAGCCGGGCCGUCUACAAGAACCUUCCGGUGAGCCGGCACCAUGGUCUGGGCGCUGGAUGCUGUGGCGGGCAGGGCAAGGACGGAGGGGGAAAGGGAAAGGUGUGGGUGUGAGAAAGGAGGAAGAAAAAUACUGUCCAAAUCUCAGUUUUCGUAUGCCCCAAUUUUGGUAUCAUCAGGUCUUUGAUGGAAAUUCUUGGUCUUAGUUUUCACAAUCUUGGUUUUUGUACAAUAUUACUCAAACUUUACGGUUGGUUUACCAUGUACUACAUAAUUCCAUGGAAUCAAUAGCCCAAACAAAGUGCCAUCACAGUGCUGACUGUUAUAUUGAGUGUAACUGAACUGUAUACAACCACGGUCCCUUCCUCAUCAGUAAAGGCAAAGUGAUGUUACAUUUUUGUUUAUCCAUUUCUUUCAUCAUUUAUUAUUUUGCAUUUUUUUCUGCACGUAUACCUAUAAUUAUUCUCCUGAAAAUUACUUUUUUUUAUACAUUUUUGGGAGUCUGGAACCAGCCAGGUAUGAUGAGGUUGAUGAGGCACUGACUCCUCUGGAUUUUUUUUUUUUUUAAUGUUAAAACAGGUUUUUCAUUAAGAGGAUAACAAGAAAAGCAAAGCAAGUGAUUCACUUUCGUAAAAGAGAUGUUUUCAAAUACUUCUUAGUCCCAUUUUGGUAUUUUAUUAACUGAAAAACAUUCAUGUUCUUAUCAUUUAUCUGUAUAUGAAGUACAUUCACCCUAUUCUUUUCCAGGAAAAUUUCUCAUAUUUUGCUGUAAAAGUCUGAUCAUCUCCUCGUGAGUUUGUAAAUAUAUAAUCCUCCAUCUUGACAGCAGAGCAUAAAAAUAUGUUGUAUCUGACUUGCUUCUCUGGUAAAAAAAACAAAACAAAACACUGGCUUUUCUUUUCUAUGGAAGGACGGCAGUAACAAGCACAUUACUACUAUAAGUAUUACAUGGUAUCAUGAAUGUGCCUGUUACUACAUGGUCACAGCAUGUAUGAAGCUAUCGUGAGUGUGGAUUAUUGGCUUGGUGUGCACGCCCCAGUUGGCUCAGUCCAAAUAGAUGGAGGGUAUUGUAAACAUUGCUAAUACAAAGGCUACGGAAACAUCGCAGGGACACAAGAUGGCCACAGCUGCAUAGCAUGCAGCAUAGCUAGCAUACUAAAAUUAGCCUCCAAGGCAACAUAAGACGCCAAAUAUUUACCACUUCCACAUAGAAUUGGAGAACUUCUUUUCACUCCAUCAUGACCGACAUGCAACGUGUGAUGAUAAUGAAAUGUCAUGUGUUACAACUGCAAUAUAGUAGUAGUAUUGUAUUAACACACUCAUACACUGAUUUUUUCCCCCAAUAUUAUGUUUAACUGCCUUUGUAGAAUGCGUAAUUUCACAUUUUUUACAGUUUUGUAUUAGUUUGGUUUGUGAAUAUUUUGACAAAUAAA